GAUUCCCAGAACACCGGCUGUCAGUCCAGUGCCGGUUACAGAUGUAUGGUGUUUGCCAAGCAAGUAUCCUAGCUACGAUUUUGCGUUUUUAUAGCGUAAAUUACACGAGAAACGUAAAGACUCGGUGGUAGGUGAAUACUGUGAUGUGGAGAGAGUGAAGACCCGUGUGUGACUGUUAAGAGUAUACGCGUUUAGCUAGCACAUCACAGUCAGUCGUUUUGUGGUUAAAAGGACUUGAAAUAGGUUUUUAUUUUCACUUAACGGGGUAACGGCAGUUAAAAUAAUGCUAAAGCUGUUUUUAAGACAUGCCCGUCGCUUUCCGUGGGUUACCAACGUGACACUGUACGGCUGCCUGUUCGCCGGGGGGGACUUCGUCCACCAGUGGUUCUCCGGGAGGGAGACCAUCGAGUGGAGACAAACACGGAACGUCGCGGUGGUCGCGUUUAGUUUCCAUGGCAACUUCAAUUUCUUCUGGAUGCGUUUCCUGGAGAGGAGAUUUCCCGGGAACUCUGUCGGGAUGGUGAUGAGGAAGCUGUUCCUGGACCAGACGACGGCGGCGCCCCUCGCCACCAGCGUCUUCUACACAGAGCAGCUCAGUUAUGUGUCAAUGGCAGAGAGCACGAUGUCUCCGGAGGAGAUCGAGGUGGAGAUGGCUCGUAUCCAACGCCUGCGGGAAGUCCUGGUGCGCAGAGAGUCAGAGCUGCGCUUCAUGAUGGAUGACAUUCAGCUCUGCAAAGACAUCAUGAGUUUAAAGCAGGAGCUAAGGCAGAUUGUCGCAGUACCAGAGAAAGAAAAAACCAAGAAGCACAGGCAGCGAGAAGAGGAACUGAUCCUGAAGAUCCAUAAACUGGUGCAGAAGAGGGAUUUUCUGGUCGACGAUGCCGAGGUGGAGAGAUUAAGGGAGAAAGAGGAGGACAAAGAGAUGGCGGAGUUCCUCAGGCUGAAGCUGAUGCCUCUGGAACAGAAGCUCAAAGUCACACAGAAUCCUCCAAAGCCCAAGAGACAAAUCCCCGAGCCGCCUCCCAACAAGCCAUCCAUCACCAAGUCAGGAGCGGCCAUCAUUAAGGACUGCUGCGGAGCCACCCAGUGUGCUGUAAUGUAACUGACCCAAACCUGCUUAUGGCCCCGACCCUGUGUCAGACACCACACUUACAUCACACGACAUGACGUACAUCACUUCCUGUUACUCGGAGAGUCACAGUCAACCACGAAACUGUUCAGGUAUCAGAUUCGUAGCUUAGUUUGCAAGAGGUUGGGAGCUGAUCCCCGGUCGUUAUUUAAGGGAAACUUUUAUAGUAAGGAGCUUUUAACCAAGAUCAUGAAAUAAAGGGAAAGGAAGCUGUGAAGAGAACUGUAAAUAAAAACUAUGUUAAAAGUGUUGAUUUAUUUAUUCAGUCAGUUUUCAGAUUGGUUAAUUCCAUCAUGACAGGUUCAAUGAGGAUGGAUCUCAUCUGCAGAGCUACAAGCACAAUGUCCAUAAAGUGAACUGAAUGCUGGGGUUCUCUGACAGGAAAAGAGAAAAGCUGAUGUCUGACGACGGGUAUUCAUUCUUCAUUUAGUGCUUAAAAUCCAACCAGUGAAUCUCUCAGUUGCUACAUUUUAUCAUUUUCCCCAGGUGGGACAAACACAGGUGGCUCUGAAAAACAGUAUGGCUCCCUGUUAAGGGACUUAUGCAAACUGAUUUAUAUAUGCUAAUGAGGAGAGGGAGCCAGUGGAUGAUUUUUCUACAAGUGCUGAGCAAUAUUCUCAAACAGCAGUUUAAUUCUUAAGGCAUUUACAAAUUAAACAAAGACUCAAUGCUGAACAAACUUUUCCACUGACGUGCUGCCAGUGCCCGUGUGUUGAACUGGUUCUGUAUGAAAGAGACUGAUGCCAGUGCCAAAAAUCUGAUACAAUACUGUUGCCAAGCCGGAAGUUGAAACCACUAACAUCAGGGUGGAGAUACAAGAAAUGUAGAGAUUAUUCACCUGUUCAUUCUGUCCACAGUGCCCCCCCACUGAAAUUACUCCAACCUUUGCUACAUAACAUCUGGUUCAUUCUCAGAUCUGUGGAAAUGUCAGCUGGUUCUCAAAGGCUCUAUGCAGCACGGCAUCAGUGGAAACCAGAUUAAAAAUGAGCUCAUAUUAGGCUCAGUGCUAGUUAGCAAUGUGCGUCCUAUAAGAGAGGUCCAAUUAUGUUUCUGGAGUGAGUUCACUGAGAAUCAUCAAAACUCUUGUAUAUCAGAACAGCAUUUAAAUGGAAAUAUGAUGGGUAUAAACAGGAUAUAAUAAUAGACAUAUGGAUGGCUGGUUUUGGGAGAAAAGUUAACAAUUCAUUUUGAGAUAGAAAAAGUAAAUCCAUUUACAUCUUGAGGUGUUCUGGGGAAUCCUCUAAAUCAAAUUUUAUAGAUGGUAGUAGAAUAAAACUGGAAGAAAAAUGCAUCUAAACUUUUUCCCAACACAAUUUAUAGAGAGUGCCAACUAGCAUCCAGCCUAAUGACUCCCCUUUAUAGUUUUCAGGAACCCCUUUCAUGAUGACUUUAAUGCCUGUAUAUGCCAACACUUGAUCUUCCAUCAUCACACUUACCCUCUUCCCAAAAUCAGCACAUCAGAGGCCAUAUUAAGAUCUGCAUCAUCAGCUACCAGGAAGUGUUCACUGUGGUAGUGUGACAUCAUUCAUAGUCAUUCUGGAUAUUGCAGAGAAACAUCAUGCAUCCUUUGAACUUAGUCUUGCGUUUUUAAAAUGAUAAAACUCCAGGAAAUGAAUGCAACUCUGCUGUAAAUGCCUCCAAUAGAUGGUGUGUGAGUGUAUUUAGGACUUUAGUGUGACUCAUGUCAAGCAAAGUGUUGCUCUCUGUCACUUUACCUUCGUUCUGAUAACUUAGCAUUCUGUAGUUGUAGUGGAUUUAUGAAGGUCCUAAUGUCAAAGUAUUGAACAAAUAUGCAGAAAAUAAGCUGAAACUACCUGUACAUACA